AUGGAUAAAUACCAUCCUGGUUACUUUGGUAAAGUUGGUAUGCGUCACUUCCACUUGAAGAAGAACCCUAGCUGGCGUCCAAUUGUCAACCUUGACCAAAUCUGGACUCUUGCUGGUGAAGGUGUUCGUGAAAAAUAUAAGAAUACUGAAAAAGUGCCUGUCAUUGAUGUUCUCGAGAAGGGUUACGGCAAGGUUUUAGCUAAGGGUACUAUUUCUCAACCUGUUAUUGUUCGUACUCGUUUUGUUUCUGCCCUUGCUGAGAAGAAGAUCAAGGCUGCUGGUGGUGUUGUUGAGCUCAUUGCUUAAACAGAUCACGUCGAAUGAACAAAGGAUUUUAUUUCAAUCUCUUAUAUAACCUGAAAUUCUUUUUAGUAGAAUAAAAAAAAAAUAAUUAUAAUAAUUGUACAUGCAAA